GCCAUGUGGUAACAUGUAAACAAUAAAUGCCGUAAAAAGGGUUUUAUUAAAUAUGUCACGAUUUGCUAAAAUAGGUUUGCCCUUAUCGUGUUCAGGCUUUGGACUUAUUUUGGGAGUGUGUUAUGAACGAAAUAAAGGACAUUUUAAUUUUCUGCCUAGUGAAAAACUACACGGGAAUGUUCUGAAAGUGGACGGGCGUUUCAAGGACGAUUGUGUAAAAGAACGAUUUCUCUCCGAUACUUUACAAUCUUUCUUUCAGUUUCCCACAGUAUAUGCCUCUACUCAACUAAGCAAAGCUCGAAAUCGCCUGCAAGAAAUUCUUACGUUUGGGGUUCCACCCUUUGAUCCACUGCGUCCUUUUGAGGAUCAUGUUGUGUUAUACGACCGACGGAACAGGGUUCCACAUUGGGUGUUCGAACACAUUAGGAAAGAGCACGUCGAAAAGAAUGAAAACGUAAAAAGACAGUCAAGUGAGUUUACAGAAGAUCUGUCCAUUCAUCCCUUCUUCAGGGCCACCGAUUCUGAUUACAAAGGUAGUGGGUACGAUAGGGGACAUAUGGCGGCAGCUAGCAAUCACAGACAUUCUCAAAAAGCUAUGAAUGACACGUUCUUCUUCACCAACAUUGCGCCACAGGUCGGUAAGGGUUUCAAUCGGGACAUAUGGAACGAUCUGGAAAAAUACGUAAGAGCACUGGCCAGGAAGCACAGAAAUGUUUACGUGUGUACCGGUCCUCUGUAUUUACCAAGACUGGAACCAGAUGGUAAACUGUACGUGAAGUACGAAGUGAUUGGUAAAAACAACGUCUCUGUUCCAACUCACUUUUUUAAGGUCGUUGUCAUGGAGAAUGAGAAAGGAGAAUUUGCUAUGAAUUCAUUUGUUAUACCCAACCAGAUCUUUCCUAAGAACACACCACUGAAGAAUUUUCUGGUUCCCUUGGAAUCGAUAGAAAGGGCAGCGGGCUUCUUUUUAUUUGAAGGAGUUCCUAAACAUAGACUUAAAACAAUUAAUGGAAAGAAUGUCUGACAGAUUUAAAAACAUAUACACUGAUUAGUUGCAGAGUCCAAGUAACAGUUCAAAGAAAUCUAUUUGACAAACAUUGACCAAUGGAGUAAGAACUUACGGUUGU